AAUUCACCAAAAAUAAGUCCCCAAAAAACGUGCUUCAGCGAGCUCUCUCCCGAGGCCUCCACAGACCACAGCACGCCGCCGCCGCCGCUUCAGCGCACGACGCCGUCCUGGCCUCCACCACCACCUCAUACUUCGCCGUGUUGCGCGUGUUCCCUCGCGCACGCCAGAGCGCCGGCGUAUACCACCGAACGACCCGAACAAUGUCCUCCACCGCGUCGCGCCCAAGGUGCUCGGCGAAAUGACGCGCCGUGGAGGAGCAUCGCUGAACAGGUCGCUCUCUGGAUUCCUCGCGCAUGAAGAGCCGGAGAAGCUCCUGUCGCUCUUCGCGGCCAAGGUCAGGCAGUGCAGGGGCCUCAGCUCCGUCGAUUUCGCUUGCGCCCUGCGUGUGUGCAGGGGCAGCGGCAAGCACUGGCCGCUCGUUCCGGAGAUCCACGCCAAGGCUAUCACGUGCGGUAUCGGAGGUGACCGGAUCGUCGGCAACCUUCUGAUCGAUUUUUACGCCAAGAAAGGGCUUGUGCGGCGGGCGAGGCAGGUGUUUGAGGAGCUAUCUGCCAGGGACAAUGUGUCGUGGGUCGCAAUGCUGUCGGGAUACGCACAGAAUGGCCUCGGAGAAGAAGCAGUUGGGCUCUACCACCAGAUGCAUCGGUCCGGAGUUGCUCCUACGCCUUACGUUCUGUCCAGCGUACUGAGCGCCUGCGCCAAAGCUGAGCUUUUUGAGCAAGGACGGGUGGUUCAUGUCCAAGUCUACAAGCAAGGCUUCAGCUCUGAAACCGUCGUGGGGAAUGCGCUUAUUGCCCUCUACUUGCGGUUUGGAUCUUUUAGCCUGGCGGAAAGAGUGUUCUGGGACAUGCCGUGCUGCGACAUAGUAACGUUCAAUACACUGAUCUCGCGACAUGCUCAGUGUGGACAUGGUGAGAGUGCUUUGGAGGUAUUUGGAAGGAUGAGGUUGUCAGGCUGGAAGCCUGAUUGUGUGACCAUUGCUAGUCUCCUUGCAGCUUGUUCCUCUAUUGGGGAUCUACAUAAGGGCAAGCAGCUCCAUUCCUAUUUGCUAAAGGCAGGCAUGUCUCCAGAUUACAUAGUUGAAGGCUCGCUUCUUGACCUCUAUGUGAAAUGUGGUCAUGUCGAGGAAGCCCUUGAGAUCUUCAGUUCGGGUGAUAGGACCAAUGUAGUGCUGUGGAACCUGAUGCUUGUUGCAUAUGGACAGAUUAGUGAUCUAGCGAAAUCUUUUGACCUCUUUUGUCGAAUGCUAGCUGCAGGGGUACGCCCUAACCAAUUCACAUACCCAUGCUUGUUAAGGACUUGCACUUACACCGGACAAAUUAACCUUGGAGAGCAGAUUCAUUCAUUAAGCAUAAAGACUGGCUUUGAGUCUGAUAUGUAUGUCAGUGGUGUAUUGAUAGAUAUGUACUCUAAACACGGGUGGCUUGAUAAAGCUCGGAGAAUUCUUGAAAUGCUUGAAGCAAAAGAUGUGGUCUCGUGGACAUCCAUGAUUGCUGGAUACGUGCAACAUGAGUUCUGCAAAGAGGCCCUUGGAACAUUCAAAGGUAUGCAGCUUUUUGGAAUCUGGCCGGAUAACAUAGGGCUAGCAAGUGCUAUAAGUGCUUGUGCUGGAAUCAAAGCACUGCGUCAGGGUUUGCAGAUUCAUUCUCGGGUUUAUGUGUCUGGUUAUUCAGCAGACGUUCCGAUUUUGAACGCAUUGACAAACCUUUAUGCACGUUGUGGAAGAAGCAAAGAGGCUUUGUCUUUAUUUGAGGCAAUUGAACAUAAAGACAACAUAACCUGGAAUGGACUGGUAUCUGGUUUUGCACAAAGUGGUCUAUAUGAAGAGGCCCUCAAGGUAUUUAUUAAGAUGUAUCAAGCAGGUAUCAGCUAUAACGUGUUCACAUUUGUCUCCUCUAUUAGUGCUUCAGCUAACCUCGCAGAUAUAAAACAAGGGAAGCAAAUUCAUGCUAGAGUUAUUAAAACAGGUCACACCUCUGAAACUGAAGUUGCCAAUGCAUUGGUUUCACUGUAUGGGAAAUGUGGCAGCAUUAAAGAUGCCAAGGUGCAGUUCUAUGAAAUGUCCGAGAAGAAUGAUGUUUCAUGGAAUAUUAUUAUUACAAGUUGCUCACAGCAUGGAUGUGGCCUUGAGGCCUUGCAACUUUUUGAUCAAAUGAAGCAUGAAGGUCUAAAACCAAAUGAUGUUACCUUCAUAGGCGUUUUAGCAGCUUGCAGUCAUGUGGGUUUGGUAGAGGAAGGCCUUGGUUACUUCAAAUCCAUGUCUAGUGUGCAUGGAGUGCAGCCAAGACCUGAUCAUUACGCUUGUGUUGUAGAUAUUCUUGGACGUGCUGGGCAACUUGACCGGGCAAGGAAAUUUGUUGAGGAAAUGCCAAUUUCAGCUGAUGCAAUGGUUUGGAGAACACUUCUCAGUGCUUGUAGAGUACACAAGAAUAUAGAAAUCGGAGAGCUUGCAGCCAAGUGUCUUCUGGAGUUAGAGCCUCAUGAUUCAGCAUCAUAUGUUCUUCUUUCAAAUGCAUAUGCUGUUACUGGGAAGUGGGCACAUAGGGAUCAGAUCAGAAAGGUAAUGAAAGAAAGAGGUGUUAGAAAAGAACCCGGCCGUAGCUGGAUUGAAGUAAAGAAUUUGGUCCAUGCGUUCUUUGUUGGUGAUCGAUUGCACCCGCUGGCUGAUCAGAUUUACAAAUAUUUGGCAGAGCUAAAUGAUAGGUUAGAGAAAAUAGGAUACAAGCAAGAGAAUCAUUCUCUCUUCCAUGAAAAAGAGAAAGAACAAAAGGACCCAACUGUUUUUGUCCAUAGUGAGAAGUUAGCUGUGGUUUUUGGAUUGAUGAGUUUGCCUCCCUCUAUGCCCCUUAGAGUGAUUAAGAAUCUCCGUGUCUGCAACGACUGCCACACUUGGAUGAAAUUUACUUCUGAAGUCAUGGAAAGGGAAAUUGUAUUGCGUGAUGUGUACAGAUUUCACCAUUUUAAUAAUGGCAAUUGUUCAUGUGGAGAUUUCUGGUGAAGUUUGCUGAAGUAGUCAACCUUGAGGACAUAUGAUGGCUGUCCGAAUGGACCAGCCAGCGCAGACUAACAACGGAUAUAGAUGCAGGCCUAUAUGGCUGCUCUGUUAGGGAAGGAAUUCUUGUCUUAGGGAGAAAUAGUCCAGUGAUGACUCCUGCUGGGAGGUUUUACCUCAUAUCAAAGCUAUCCCAUCUUUAUGGGGCAUUUGUUGUUAAUGGCUGUGAAGGGACAGUCUUUGCAGGUGAUUAUAUGUGCUGCCAUCAUUCUCUUGGAUAGCUUCAUCUCCAUGUUUAAGAGGAAGGACUUUUGAUACCCCAUGAUGAUUACCCUUACAGAGAUGUCUGGCUUAGUGUCCAUUCCACUGGUUCAUAGUAAUCACCCUCUCCCCGUUUCUCUCUUGUCUCAAACUUUCAUGGUAGUUAUCCUUGCAGAGUACAAAGAACAUAGAAAUUGGAGAGUUUGCAGCCAAGUAUAUUCUAGAGUUAGAGCCUCAUGAUUUGGCAUCAUGUGUUCUCCUUUCAAAUUCAUUUGCUGUUACUGGGAAGUGGGCUUGUAGGGAUCACAUCAGAAAGAUGAUGAAAUACAGGAGUCAGAAAAGAACCUAGCCGUAGCUGAAUUGAGUAAAAAAUGUGGUUCAUGCUUUCUUUGUUGGUCAUCGGGUGCACCCAUUGGCUGAUCACAUUUACAAGUAUUUGGCUGACCUAAAUGAUAGGUUAGACAUAAUAGGGUACAUGCAAGAGAAUAUUUCUCUUCCAUGAAAAAGAGAAAGAACAAACAGACCCACUGCUUUGCCCAUAGCGAGAAGUUACCUGUCUCUUUUGGAUUGAUGAGUUUGCCUCCUUCUAUGCCCUUUAGAGUGAUUAAGAAUCUCUGUGUCUGAGUUUCCACACUUGGAUGAAUUUUACCUCUGAAGUCAUGGGAAGAAAAUUAUAUUGCAAGACGUGUACAGAUUUCACCAUUUUAACACUGAUAUUGUUCAUGUGGAGACUUCUGGCGAAGUGUGCUGAAGUUAAGUUCAUAAAGUGCUCCUCCUGAGGACCUCUACAUUUCCAUUUGUGUUCAUUCAGAUGUUACUUCAAUCAAUUCACGUGUGCACCUCUUUGUUGCAGUGGGGCAUGCGUAUAACUAACUUAGGAAGCCUGCACAAUCAAUGCCCCAAGACCAGACAACACUACAUAACUGCAUAUAAUUAUGGAUCAGCUCUGCUUCGCAUUUGUCGCACUGGAGAAUCCUCUCCAUGGUGCUGAUUGCUUCCUUGUUGUUUGAGAUCUCGCGCCGCAGCUUGCGCCCAGUCUCUCCUGGACAAGACCCAAGCUGACGCAUUACUUUCAGUG